CAGCAUAGCUCAAAGGGGACGGUGGGAUGUUUUAAAAUCCAGUCACGGAGUUUUUGGGAUUGUAAAGGAAGGGGUGAAUCUCAGGCCACAUUUUUUUUUCUUGUUUUCCAUGAGUUACAUUGUAUAAUGAGUGCCACUUUACGAACCCUACUGAAUCUUGGUCAACGCCAUGGGGUGGCGCGCACCGCGUCAUUGGUGAAUCAACGUUGGGUGCAACAAAGUCGUACCUUGCUGGGUUGUACUGCGCGACAGCUGCGGCCUCUUGGUCGGUCUUCGUCCUGGGUUUCGGCAUCAAGCCGACGAUUCCUGACCACGGCCACUAUCACUCCACCGGCAGCCACGGCGACAGCUGCUCAAACCGUGACCAAGGCUACCCCGACCGUCACGAAACCGGUCGUGGCUUAUUGGCUUUAUUUCAAUGCGGGUCUGGUUUAUGCGAUUGUCGUAGUAGGCGGUCUAACUCGUCUCACCGAAAGUGGUCUGUCCAUCGUUGAAUGGAACGUGAUUUCAGGCAUGAAGCCCCCGCGAUCCCAACAGGAAUGGGAAGAAGAGUUUGAAAAAUACAAACAAUUCCCGGAAUAUAAAAUUUUGAACCGUCAUAUGACAAUCGAAGAAUUCAAAAACAUCUUCUAUUGGGAAUGGUCUCAUCGCAUGAUUGGUCGUUUCAUUGGUGCCACAUUUAUUAUUCCUGGUCUGUUCUUUGCUAGUCGCGGUUACAUGACGAAACGAGUCGCCAAACAGACCUUUGGUAUCACCGCUCUUUUGGGAUUCCAGGGUUUCAUGGGAUGGUAUAUGGUGAAAUCGGGUCUUUCAGAAGCCUUGAUGAAGGAACCCGGAGCUGUGCCUCGUGUGAGUCAGUACCGUUUGACGGCCCAUUUGGCGACGGCCGUGGCCAUUUAUGGUUCAUCGAUUCUGGUGGCGGCGGAUAUUUUGCGUCAGCAUAAACUGGCGACUGGCACUUACCCAGCUUCAACCGCUUCCAUGUUGAAUAGCCCGGCCCUGAAACGAUUCCGUGGUCUCACGCACGGUUUGGCAGGUUUGGUGUUGGUGACUCUGUUAUCAGGUGGAUUGGUGGCCGGACUGGAUGCCGGUUUGAUCUACAACGAGUGGCCGAUGAUGGGUGAAGGUCUUGUACCUCCAAAGGAUGAAUUAUGGUCCGAUGCUUAUGUCAAACCCAACGACAAGGGCAAAUGGCGCAAUUUCUUGGAAAACCCUACCACUGUUCAAUUCGAUCACCGUACUUUGGCUGAAACCACGGCUACGGCUGCAACCGCUUUAUGGUUCUACUCUCGCCGUCUUCCGUUGCCAAAGAAUGUGCGCAUGGCCGUCAAUGCGUUGAUGGGCACGGUGAUUAUCCAAGUGACAUUGGGUAUCACUACCCUUAUUUACAUGGUUCCCAUUGAAUUGGCCGCCGCUCAUCAAGCAGGUGCAUUGGCUCUCUUGACCUCCAACAUGUGGCUAGUCCAUGCCCUACGCAGAGUGCCUUUGUAAACACUCAAAAGUCUAAACAAUAACUUAUUAUCAUUUUCUCCUUUUUACACCCUCCCACAUAAUAAAGAUAGAAUAUCACAGAUUGAACCGUCAUUAGUUGCUUGGCAAAGAAUGAUGCUCAC